UCUAUCUACUUCUUAUGCCGCAGGUUGAUCUCGAAACGUUUGUUUGCGGCGGUGACCGGAAAAUCACAUGCGAAAGCUUAGUCGGUGAUCAUCAUUCUCAGCCGGAUAAACCAGAUUCUCCAGAGGAGGAGGCUCCACCUGACUUUCCGGCGGAAUCUUUUCAGAUACUCAAAGAAGAAGAACUCGAAUGGUUCAAUCGGAACGCCCUUUACGAGCGUAAGGAGUCUCAAAAGGGGAACUCUAACCCCAACCCCAACCCCAACCCCAUCUCUAUCUCCAACCAAUCGUCUCAGCGGUUCUCUUUGAAUUUAACAUCCAACAAGUCCAUCAUCGGUCUUCCCAAGCCACAGAAAUCCUGUUUCCUUAUCAGCAAGUCCCGGCGGACAGGUCCACCGCCGCGAGCGCCGUUCUUCCCCAAGAAACCAUCACGCAGCGGAAAGUCUCUCACGGUUACAGAACCUUCAUCGCCAAAAGUUUCUUGUAUUGGGAGAGUGAAGUCCAAAAAGGACAAAAACCGCCGGUGUGCAAGUGGCCGACAACCGACGGAAGGGACGACAGCCAAGGCCUCCAAGUCCAAACCGGGAAAGAAAACCGGGUUUUGGGCGAACCUCAUGGGAGUUCUGCCGCCCAGUUGCCGGGACGGUUCAAGCGUUGCUAUUGAGGGGCCACCAAAUGAGUCGCCCAAGCUGGCAUCGGUGCCUCGUAGGAGUUUCACAGAAAGGGAGCGUAAGAUUCCGGCGAGUUUGCCACUGGGCGAGCCGACGGGGUUGGAUGGGAUGAAGCGGUUCACUUCCGGUCGGAGAUCAGAAUCGUGGAUCAGUGAUUUCGAUUUGGCAGAAUCGGUGGUGGUUGUGGACUCUGACGUAAACAGUAUAUGGCGUCGUCGUGAUGUGGACCCACCCAAGAAAAUCGAUUGCGUCCGCGACUGGGAAUGUGAGGGUCCCGCUUCGGUGUGAAUGAAAAACAAAUUCAGUGCUGGCCACGUGGCAGUUGUUCAAUCACGGCGUCAUCCG